AGGGAGUUUGGGGGAAAGUCUUUAAAGUUUCGUUACGUCAAAGAAACCAACAGGGUUCUAAAUAUUGUUUUGUGGGAUUUAAGUUUGGCGAGUAGGGCUUCCUUCGUUGAUUACGUUAUACAUGUAACCCGUGGUCUCCUAUCCAGAUACAAUUUGAUGGGCCCGAGAUGUGUGACGAGUAACUAAACUUCUCGAAGUUAGAGAAACCUUUCAUCGGAAUUUCUGGUAGCCUCGAGAAACUUUAAAGGUUAAUCAUCAGUCAUGAGCAUUGCUGACAAUUGCAAUAAGCAGAAAAUCCUCAUUGCAGCAGGCCUGAUUGUCGUAUUGACGAUAAUUGGCCUUGCAAUCGGACUAACCGUGAAGAAGCAUCAAGCCGAGAAAGACCUACCGUAUGCAACAAGGAAAUGGGAACUGCCAACAAGCUACAAAGUCCGCAGACCUAAAGGUGUGGAAAUCUACAAAAAUAUGCUCUACCUGACUCCCGAGGGAGGUGAGAUUGGGCACGCAAGAAAGUGUGUCACGUGUGUAUGGACAGUUUACAUGCUGAACAAGAAAGAAGAGUUAGCUGUGACGGUCAAACGAGAGCUUUUCACCUGGACAUCAAAGUAUGAUAUUGUGGAGGAAUGGAAAGUUAACUCGACAAGCUACAGGAUCGAAUAUAGUUGGAGUGCAUCGGGUUUCACGAAAAAUGUCUUCUUGAUCAAGAAUUCGAAAGACGAAGAAAUUGCACGCACCGACCGCUUUGUUUUCGAAAUUGGCACGACGAUCACACUGAAAGAUUCCAAGUCUGGUUCAAGUUUGGGAGUCAUUGAACGUCCAGCAUUUCAGUUUUAUCCGACAUGGGAAGUAACAAUUUACAAAAGAGACGAUGUUAUACCCACCUAUAUGUACGCAGCUCUUGCGACUAUAACCACCUUUCGAGAAGCAGAAGACAACAAACGUUGAGUUGAGUCCUGGUAAGGGGGGUGGGGCUUUUAUAUAAAAUGUGAGGGAUAAAAUCGUCUGUCAUUAUGUACUAUAUAGUUUCGUGUGGAAAGAGUACCAUAUAACCCCAACAUUAAUUAUGCAUUUCACUUCUUUGUCUUUCACAACAAAACUUUAAAAACAAAGUCUACUAGUCUGAAUGCAUAAUUAAUGUAUGGGGUUAUAUGGUACUCUUGCCGUUUCGUGUACAUACUUGCAUGUACUUUUCGAAGUGGUGCAUUUUUAUAUCUCUUUUGAUGAGCAUGAUUAUGAUAGGUUGGUGAAAAUAUUCCUAUUAAUAUUACCUAAGAGUGCCUCAUCCGUUGCAAGGGAGUUAAAAGGUGAAAUCUCCAGCUCCACUGAUUUUUAAUGCACUAAAUAUUCUAAAAAACAAACGUGAAUGUAUUUUAAAAAUAGUGUAGCUUCAUUGUUGUAGCAAACAGUACCGUCCACCUUGGAGACCACAUUCCUUCACGGGGGAAGUUGUGGGGAUCAAAUUUGACUAAAAGCAGUUUGAUAUUGUCGCUCAAGAGCAGAAUUUUAUAACAAAUAUUUCUUAAUCUUUAAAAAAGCCAUUGUAUACAGGGCUGUGGUCUAACAGUGCCCGAUGGCCCUGGUGCCUUACUUUUACUCUUGGGCAACCCUAGACUUGAUUUCCACUCCUCUCUCAGGUCUGGUCUUUCUCGUUCCUCCACAAGAAGAGAUUCGGUGGGUUCAGGGAGGAGUGUGGGCUCCGGUUCCUAGACAGUGGCUGGUAAUUGGGCCUAGGGCAACUCAUUAAUCUUAGUUUUUUUAUUAAAAGCAUAUGCUGGGCACCCUGGAUUUCACAGUUUCAUAGCACUGGGCUCCCUUCAAUUUUUCUUAGAGUGCAGGCUUGGUAUAUUAGCAAUCACAUAAUGUUUCUUAAUUUUGAAACUUUUUUGUUGUUUACUUGGUUCCUUUAUAUCUCCUUGAGUUGAAAAUGGAACAACUAACUUGGUUCGUGCUACAGGUUCCUGAUUAAAUUGCCAAGAUUUGAUUGGAAAUUUUGAGUAGGGUGACCCAAAUUUUAAUUUUGUGGGUUUUAUUUUUUAUGUCAAUUUUUGCAUGCAAGGCAAGUGUCAGUUCAUAAUCUUUGUAAUCAGACCCACUUAGGAAAGUUCUC